AUGGAGGUUCUCUCAUUCUGUCACGGAUCCAGAGCCAGCUUCCCUCUCCCCGGUUUUAUUGUUUUCUUCUUUACUUGUUAUGUUCACAAGAUGGAAUCAGCAAAGUUCACAGUGAUUGGACCCGGUGACCCUGUCACUGCCGUUCUGGGUCAGGAAUCUGUGUUACCCUGUCACCUGUCCCCCCGGAUGAGCGCUGCAAACAUGGAGGUGAGAUGGUACCGAUCUCAGUUGGCAUCCUUUGUGCACCUGUAUCGUGGUGGGAAGGAUCAGUAUGAUGGGCAGAAGCCAGAAUAUCAGGGAAGGACAGAGCUUUUGAAAGCUGGACUCACAGAUGGAAACGUUCCCUUGAGGAUUCUCAAUAUCAGACACUCUGAUGAAGGAAAAUACCACUGCUUUGUUCAAGAUGAUACUUCUUAUGAAGAAACCAUAUUGGAACUGCGAGUAGCAGGUCUGGGCUCUGCUCCUCUCAUCUCUGUUGAGGAUCACAAGGAUGGAGGGAUCCGGGUGGUUUGUCGAUCAUCUGGUUGGUACCCAGAACCUGAGGUGCUGUGGAAAGAUCUCAGUGGGCGAGAUUUACCAUCACUCUCUGAAACAACAUCCCGAGGUGAUAACAACCUGUUUGGAAUAGAAACUGCACUCAUUGUGAAAAAACAUUCAAACCAAAACUUGUCCUGUUGCAUCAGGAACACCAUUCUCAAUCAAGAAAAGGAAUCAGCAGUUUAUAUAGCAGAUCCAUUUUUCCCAAGGGUGAAUUCCUGGAUGGUGGCUCUCAGUGUGAUCCUGGUGGUUUUGUUUGGUUUCAUUGGCCUCACUGUUUAUCUCUUUAAAAUUAAAGGGAAACUUACUGAAGAAGUUGGCAAACAAAAUCUAGAAAUUGGUAAGUUGACUUCUUGGUUGGGGUGGAGAAGAUCUGUGGCACCUGUAGAAGAAGUGAAUGUGACUUUGGAUCCAGACACGGCUCAUCCCAAACUCGUCCUGUCUGAGGAUCGGAAAAGUGUGAGAUGGGGAGGCAUGUGGCAGGAUCUGCCCGAGAACCCUGAGAGAUUUGACACUAUGUUCUGUGUGCUGGGCUGUGAGGGAUUCACCUCGGGGAGACAUUGCUGGGAGGUGGAGGUGGGGGAUGCGACAUUUUGGGCUGUGGGGGUGGCCAGAGAGUCUGUGGGGAGGAAGGGAUGGAUCAGCCUCAGCCCUGAGCGGGGGAUCUGGGCUGUGGAGUGGUGGUGGGGUCAGUUCCGGGCUCUCACCAACCCUGUGACACUCCUGCCCCUGAGCCGGGUCCCCAGCAGGAUCCGGGUUUGUCUGGACUGUGACCGGGGUCAGGUGACAUUUAUCAAUGCUGGUGAUGACACUCAGAUCUUCACUUUCCCACCGGGCUCCAUCCCUUGGAAGAGAAUCCGACCCUGGCUCUGGGUCUUGGGACCCCAGCUCAGACUGUGUCCGUGA